AUGUGGAUCCGACUGAUAGCGGUGCAUCGUCCUAUACGGACAGCUGUGGCGUUUGUACCGAACACGAGAACGCCGGUGAGAAGACCCAUCACUGCUUGGACGAGCACUUCCUAUCCAUAUCCAUCCAACCACUACUGCCACCAAGAACCGCCAGCUUUGACUCCAUCCCUGCAUCGCCUCUAUUCGUCUCAAAGACGAGACGAUUUGGAUUAUACUAAUCAUAAUGAAAUUAUUGACGAUGAGGAUCUCCCAAAAUUCAAUCCCGGUGAAAAAGUGCUGGUCGAAGUUGUGAGCUUUGGUCCGCUGGGAGCCAGUGUCCAUGUCGUGGUGGCUGGGAGUCAUGCUCCACAAGAUUUGCCACCGGAAGAUGCCGAAUGGCCCAUAUUGGGAGUUGGACUCAUUACACAACAAGAGCUGGCCUAUUUCCGUGACAGUCGGGAUACUUUGGAAGUUGUACUGGGAGAAGUUCUGCCGGCCUAUAUUGAACGCAUUCGAGACACGGAUGGGAAAAUGGCCAUUGCCUUGCGAGCGUUUGGUGGCAGAGCCAAGGCCAGAGAUGUAGGGCAGCAAAUUCUUGACGUUUUGGCGGAAUCCGAUCAAGGUGUCUUUCCAUUAGGCGACAAAUCCAGUCCUGCAGACAUUGCCCAACAAUUUCCAGGAGUCUCCAAGUCUACCUUCAAAAAGGCGCUCUCGGCACUCUACAAGCAAGGGGCCAUCGACAAACCACAGGCAAAUGAAAUACGGCUGUUGCCGACAGAAAAAUAA